UACUUCUACAAUAGAAACGGAAAGAUUGCGACGUUUUUCGUCCAUAACCAUUUCAGUGAAUGUAGAAAAAAGAGGAAAUAAAAAGCACAUAAAAUCUGAAUUGGCCCACUGUGAAAUAUUUUGUUUACUAUUGUAUUGUUUUGCGAAAUCUAUCUACGGAUAAAUGGUUCUACAAGUCAAACUGUAGUCUAUUUCUUCGAUGCUAUCAAUGCUGGCAGUAAUAUUGUUUUUAUUAUUGUUCUUGCAGAAUUAAUGACAUUACCAAUAACAAAAGAAGAUAAAAUCAAAAUAUUUCCGAAAUUAAGGAAAAGGUUAAACAUGUGAGAUAUGCAGGAUUAGUAACUGCCUCUUUAAUGACUAGGCACUUGUAGAGCCAUUUAUGUGUAAAUACAGUUAAUGAACUAAAUCACUGUGCGCAUGGCCCGUACGUACAUGGCAUCAGUGUCGGCAGCGUGUUUAACCUUGGGAGGCCGGGCGCGCAGUUCACCUCGGGAAGGUCACCUACCCUUCCAGUCCUCCCUCCUCCCUAGCUCAAGCCACCGGCUGUAAGCCUUAUUUGUGUAUGAAGACUUAGUGCCGAAAGUUCAUUUGCUGCGGAACUGAGUUUGAUCUACAAGACAAUGUUGUGGCUGGGAACAAUUUUGUUAUUUGUUAACACAGUAGAAAGUCAAGGUGGCCCUCGCUGUGUUUCACUCGGCGGUUCGAACGGCAGCUGUGGCUCCCAGGAUGAGUGUUCUUCUUACCUGAGCCUCGUUAGACAGAAGGAUGAAGCUUCUGUAAAGCCCCUCUUCAGGACGACAUUAGGCAAUGAGUUGUUGAACUACGUCUCGAGAUGCUGCGAAUCAGCCUCUUCGAAGCCUCUCAUUCCAAGCGAGGAAGAGUGCGGUUUCUCUGAGCCUUCGGGUCCUGCAAACGAUCUUCAGAGGCGUGGCGCAUGGCCGUGGUUUGCUGUCAUCGGACUGCAUAUCAAAGGCAUAUUUCAAGCAUUUUGUGGUGGAUCCCUUAUCACACGUCGCCAUGUUCUCACCGUAGCUCACUGCACUAUAUUUUCCAAAGACACCUAUUACGUUCGUCUUGGGGACUAUAAUCUGAAUACCACUGACGAGGCAGACCAUUUAGAACUGGCCGUUAUAAGUCACACGCAUCCUGGAUAUAAUAAAGAUACAAGAAGAGACGACAUUUCGAUCAUUACUCUGGAGAAAGACGUUGUAUUCAGCGACUAUAUUCGACCAGUGUGUCUUCCCUUCAACUACCGGACCAAAGACUUUGUAAAUGAGCGUCUAGCCGUCGUGGGUUAUGGCAGCACCUCCUUUGGGGGUCAGCAAUCUAAAUUACCCAUUGCUGCAGUGCUGAACGUGUUAAGUUUAAGAACCUGUCACAACAGCUACAAGGAGACUGUCCUGGGAAGACAAGUCAUCUUAACUGACUCGCAGAUGUGUGCAGGUGGUGCCAGUGGGAGCUCCUGUACUGGUGAUAGCGGAGGGCCUCUGAACUUCUUCGACAUCAACACUCGCAGGUUUUACAUUGUUGGCCUUGUGUCCUUCGGUUAUGGCUGCGGCGAGUUUCCUGAAGUCUACACGCGUGUGGGAGCUUACCUCCACUGGAUAGAGAACACCCUGAACGACAGCACUCUCUGAAUCAGUGGUUAUUCUCAGCACGUACACCAUAUGCUUACAAGAAACUUCUGCCCCUCAACCAUGAAGAUUACACCGCGUCCGGGGAAAUGAUACCAGACUGACAGAUGACUGCUAAAGAAACAGGCUUGCUUCCAGAUUUCAGUACCACAGUGAGGAUACAAGCAAAAGCAAAAGUUGGUAUGCAACCAGGUGUCAAAAUCCUUAAUUCUGCUGCCUCCACGAAAUACUCAAGGUAUACAGUUUCCAAGAAUGAUCGUGAAGCAGAAACUACAAACCGGCAUAUGAGUAGCGAGCUGAUCCUAAUUUUAAAGUGAGAGGGUAAAAUGUAGUUAACGUUCGUAGUGACAUUUUGUAGAUACUUAUUAUUUUAAUUAUUACUGCCCCUGCAAUAAGCACAUUUUUAAGUGCAUCAAAGGCGUCUGUAAAAUCAUUUCAUUAUAUGCAAGAUCAAUGUAUAUCCAUGUUACUAUUGUAUACUGUUGUUCAAUUAUUAAAUAUUGUAACAUAAGUUUAUAUAUUUUCAAAUUUUAACUGCAUACCAUUAGUAUUUCCAUAUCUAAUUGUAAUCAUUAAUUUUGUAAUUAUAUUACCGUUUAUAUGCCAUAUUCUUUACAGUCAAGUUGACACUAGUAGAGAAUAUUUUACUUUUUCCUGUUAUGACAAAAUUCAAUUCCACAAAAGCUGUAGAAAUGCAGUUUGGCAAUAAAUCUUCCAGUACUGGGCCUUCAGACUAAUAAAAGGUGAAGCAACACAGCUAGA